CGGACGCGCACCUGCGCCCAGGUGUGCUCAUGGAGCCGGGGGCGGACGGGGCGGGCCCAGGCCCGAACGUGGAGCCCGCGGAGCCCGAACCGGAGCCUGAGCUCGAUCCUAAACGCCGUCCCGAGCCGGAUCCCGGUGCUGAUCCCGGUACCCAUCCCGGUGCCGGUGCCGGUACCGAUCCAGGUGCCGGUCCCGGUCCCGAUUCCACUCCUGGUCGCGAUUCCGCUCCCGCUCCUGCUCCCGGUCCCGCUCCCGGUGCCGUUCCCGAUGCCGGUACCGAUGCUGUUCCCGGUCCCGUUCCCGAUGCCGGUACCGAUGCCGUUCCCGAUGCCGAUGCCGGUAUCGCUCCCGGUCCAGGUUCCCGUGCCGGUUCCCGAGCGGAUUGGCAGCUGCAGCAGCGAAUCGCCGCCCGCCGGAGCCGCAUCGAUGCCCGGCGCCGGGAAGCGCUUGGGGAGAAGGUGGAGCAGGACGAGGAGCAGGCGGAGGAGGAGCAGAAGGGGAAGAGCCUGAAGCUGGUGGAGGAGACCGAGAGGGCCCUGGCCAAGCUCCUUUUCCACGGGACGCAGCUGCUGACCAACGUCCAGGUGGAAUCCGACCUGCGGGAAUCGCAGCGGCGGGAAAAGGACAGGCAGGACAAGCGCGCCAGGCUGGAGCAGCUGGAGGCGGACGCCCGGCUGGGCACGCAGCGGCUGGAGGAGAUCGGCUCCCGCUGGGGGCUGGCCGGGGAGCUGCGGGCGCCGCAGGAGCUGUGGGAGCUGCUGGAGCUGCAGCGCCGCGAGUGCCAGCAGCUGCUGGCCAGGAAGAACCUGCUCAUCCAGGAGCUCCAGGAGGAGCUGAAGGCCCGGGAUGAGCUGUACGAGCAGACCCUGCGGGAGCAGGACGAGGCCACCCGGGUGCUGCUGGAGAGGAUGGAGGAGCAAACCAGAUCCAUGCUCAAAUCCUACCGGCACCACCUCCGGCACAUCGAGAAAACGUUCGAGGAGGAGCGGCGGGAGAUGCUGACGAGCAACAGGAACAGGUGGAACGAGGCCAUGAGGCUGCACAACGAGCAGGAGCUGGAGUUCCUGCGGAGGAAGGUGGAGCAGGCGCUGGAUUUCGAGCAGCAGCUGAACGAGCUGCAGGACGCGAGCACAGAAACCCACGACGGCCUCAAGUGGCAGCUGGAAGAGGACGUGGAGCUCCUGGAGCGGAAGCUGCGGCAGAUGAAGGGCUUGCACCACCUGAACCAGGUGAAGCUGGAUUACAACCUGGACGUGCUCCGGCAGCUGGACAUCGAAAACUCCACCCUGAGAUCCCUGCAGAAACGGAAAAUCAACCGGUUCCGGACGACGCUGGAGCUGCUGAAGGCCAGGAUGGCCCAGCAGGAGGUGAAGUUCCAGGAGGAGAAGCAGAGCCUGGAGCUGGAGCUGGAGCGCGUGGUGGGGCAGUUCCAGGAGACGCGCGACAGGAUGAGGCACCUGGCUCGCAGCCGCACCGAGCGCUUCCGGCGGGUCUGGAUGGCCAACGAGGAGGAGGCCAAGGCGCUGAUCCGGAAGGUUCUGGAAGCCGACCGGCUCCUGCACGAGCAGCAGCUGGGAAUUCCAUGGGAAGAGCCCCGGCUCUGGUUCAUGGACAACGUGGGACCCCUGGGAGACAUCCAGGAGAAGAGGGAGGCCAUGGAGCUGGCCAGCAAGCUCCUGGAAGGGAGCAAGCCUGGAAAAGCGGAGCAGGAAGGGAGGAAGAGCGGCAGGAAAGGAGCCCAGAGCGCCGAGGGAGGGAAGGAAAAGCAGGAAAAGAGGGACGACAGAAUCACAUCCCGGCCAGGAAUUCCCAGCAAAACCCUCCGGAGAAUCCUGGAGGUGAUGAGCGAGGAAUCGACGUUCCUGCUGGAGAACAAACUCCUGAAGCCGCUGCGGGAGGUGGUGGGACCCAAGAACGACGUCCAGCAACUCCGGAACAUCUUCGAGGCCCUCCACAUCGAGGACGAGGACGAGCUCCGCGCCCUCGUGGAUUUUUUCCUGGAUUACGAAACCCACCACGCUCCCAAGAUCCCGGUGGAAGAUCCGGCCGGGAGGAGCCGAUCCCAUUCCCAGCACGGAUCCCUCUCUCACAUCCCGGUUAUCCAAGUGGAUCACGUCCUGAAAAUCCUGAGGGAAUUCCUGCAGGAAUUUCCCAAGCUGAGGGACGAGGGGCCCCCCAGGGAACUCCAGGACACGCGGGACAAUUCCAAGGACCGGGAAUACUGGGAAGCCAUGACCCAAAUCAUUCCCCAGCGGAAACUCAAACUUUGGGAUGCGCUCGGAUCCGCGCUCGUGGAAUACCACAAAGUGCUGACCAGGAGAUCCCAGCUUUUUUCCGAGGCCACGGCGCUGCAGCAGCAGAACACGGAGCUGGGAAUGCUGCUGGAGGAAUAUUUGGGAUCCACGCAAGGUUGAUCCCCGCUGAGCUCAGCCUUGGAUUCCCGGGAAUAUUCCGGAAUAUUCCGGAUGUGGAUCCGGAAUAAAACCCGGGAAUCGCCGGUGCCGGGUGUGGAUUUCCCUGGAUGGGAGCCAGGAAUUCCUGGAAGGGGUUAAAUAAAUCAUUCCCAAACCUGGA